CAGAGGCUAAAGGAGCCGGUCCCGGGGACACGCGACGGGGUCCCGGAGCCGAGCGCGGUGGCAGGACGAGCCGGAACGAGACCUCCGGGCCCCAGGACUCUCCGGUGUUCCACCCGAACGGAGGCACGGGCGCGAGGAUGCCGGUGGCCCAAGCGCCCUUCCCAGACGGAGGAGCCUGUCCUCAGCACCCUCGCUGGGGUCUGCCGGGUCCUCACUGAAGCCUGAGCCGCAGUCUUUGUUUCCUGGGACAUGGGCGUGCCUAGGGCGCCCUCUGCUGGGUUCUGGAGCUAACCCACCGUGAGUUCCAAGUGAUGGCGACGGUCCCGCCUCCGCACCCCGGACCCACCCCCUGGAACGAGGUCCUGCGCACACACUACAACUACGUGGGCAAGCUGGAGGGCAGGCUGAGGGACGCGCCCGAGGGCGGCACCCUCACCACCGUGCUGUUCUUAAUCGUCUGCAGCUUCAUCGUCCUGGAGAACCUGAUGGUCUUCAUUGCCAUCUGGAAAAACAAUAAAUUUCACAACCGCAUGUACUUUUUCAUCGGCAACCUGGCCCUCUGCGACCUGCUGGCCGGCGUCGCUUACACAGUCAACAUUCUGAUGUCAGGCAAGAAGACGCUGAGCCUGUCUCUGACGGUCUGGUUCCUACGGGAAGGCAGCAUGUUUGUGGCCCUCGGGGCGUCCACCUGUAGCUUGCUGGCCAUCGCUAUCGAGCGGCACCUGACCAUGAUCAAAAUGAGGCCGUACGACGCCAACAAGAAAUACCGAGUCUUCCUCCUGAUCGGGAUGUGCUGGCUCAUCGCGUUCUCGCUGGGCGCCUUACCCAUCCUGGGCUGGAACUGCCUUCGCAACCUCCCCGAAUGCUCCACCAUCCUGCCCCUCUAUUCCAAGAGGUACAUCGCGUUCUGCAUCAGCGUCUUCAUGGCCAUCCUGGUGACCAUCGUGAUCCUGUACGCACGCAUCUACUUCCUGGUGAAGUCCAGCAGCCGCAGGGUGGCCAGCCCCCACAACUCGGAGCGGUCCAUGGCCCUGCUGCGGACUGUGGUGAUCGUGGUGAGCGUAUUCAUCGCCUGCUGGUCCCCGCUGUUCAUCCUCUUCCUCAUCGAUGUAGCCUGCAAGGUGAAGGAGUGCGCUGUGCUGUUCAAGGCCCAGUGGUUCAUUGCGCUGGCGGUGCUCAACUCGGCCAUGAACCCUGUCAUCUACACGCUGGCCAGCAAGGAGAUGCGCCGAGCCUUCUUCCGGCUGGUCUGCACCUGCCUGGUCCGGGGCCGGGGCACCAGCUCCUCGCCCGUCCAGCCCGCUCUCGAUCCCAGCAGGAGCAAAUCCAGUGGCAGCAACAACAGCAGCCCGUCCUCCAAGAGCAAGGAAGACCCUCCCCCACUGGCUGCCCCGCCCUGCAUAACCGACAAAAAUAAAACCCUGCCGAAUGGGAUCCUCUGCAAGUGAGGGCGCUGGCCUCGAGGAACGGGGACCCUGCCACGGCCACGGGAGGAGUGGCCCCCUGCCCUGCGGCUGCCAUCUUAUUUAUUGCACACCUCACCCGUGGCGGCUCAGGAAAUCUCUUUUGCCAACAGCCUGCCUGGUGUGGACGUCUCUUAAGGAGGGGACCCAAGGAACUGCCGAGUCAUUUCAGUGUAGACAGCAUGCAUGUUUCGACUUGUUCCAGAGUCUUCCGAAUGUAGCGAGCUGCUGUCGUCGUGGUUGCCUUCCCCGGAAUCCCACCGGCUGCCCUCUGUUGCUCCCAGAGAGGGGAGGUCGUGGGCACACAGUGUACAAUGUUUCCCAGAACAGCAGGGUGAUGUUUAGUGACUUUACACGACACGGACUGUGCACAGAAGGGCUGCUGUGCAUUAUCAUGCCUGUGCUCGCAGCACUUGUGUUUCAAAGGUCUGCCGUCGGUGCACAUAUAAGCUGUGCAGGCGGCACAGUCAUGUAACAGAUGGUGCAGCUGUGUUCCGCCUGGACCACCAGGCGCACAGAGACGGCUGGGAGCUGAGUGGACACGCCGUCCCAGUCUCCUCAGAUGGACAUGAAGUCCCAGGUUAGGCAUGCUUUGAACACCCAAAUUCCCAAAAAGGCCUUGUCCGGGGCUAGCCCCGGAUGUGUGGGAAUCACCGAAAACAGUCCUGAGACGUGCCUGCCCCUGAGCAAGUCAGUGUCUGAAGGACCCUGGGGAGAACCAGUGAGGUCUGUGGGUGCGGGUCUCCUGAGGGGCCCCCGCUCCUCUCCCACCUUGUGUCCCUGUGCAGUUUUAAGCACAUCUAAAAGCCAAAUUAGCCAAAUUAUGUGAUUGUUUAGGGGUUUCUCCAAAUCACAGAAAAGCCUCCCAAGGUCUUCCGGGAGCUGCGCCCGAGACCAACGGAGAACCUGCCCAGGAGAGCAGAGGACGACCCGGCCGGUGCGUCUUUCCGUGUCACGGAAGCAGUGGUCCGUGUAAUGGAAGGUCUCUGUUGAAUUAGGAGAAUUUCCCGGCCAGCACUUUGAUCCUGCGUUGAGUUUGAUUCCGUAUCAGAAAAGCAGCACGUCUAUAAGCCCCGUGUUGUCACAGCCGACGAGCUGGGCCGUCAGCAGCCACACGGCUCCUGGACAGUGGACCGGCACGCUGACCAGUAAAGCAGUGGAGUGGUCAGAAGAGGAGCUAACCUGUGUUGGGCUGUGCCUUCUUCAAACAAAUGUCACGAUCUGUCCACGGUACUGUCCUCUCCCUUCUCCCGUGGGCUGCCCCUGGAUGGCCCUGUCUGCCUUACCGGGGACGCCUGAGACGACCCCGAGGAUUCUAACGCAAUGCAAACUCCUGAAACACACACGUCUGCAGAGCUCUCGUAAGCCCGUAGUUGACGUGUUGAGUUCUGUGUAAAAACAAAAACAAAGCGACCUUCAAAAGGAUUCUUACUUGAGUAAACCUCACAUCAGACCCCUGGAAGUUUUUGAGGUUCACUGAGAAUUUUGCCUGAGUAAAGACUAAAAGAGUAGUUUUAAUACAUUAACUUUUUGGAGAGAAAGCGACUCCUGUUUGUCAUUGGAUGUGAGUGCCUCUUGUCAAGGAGCAUUUCUGUGGGUCCUGAGUCACCUCGGUGCGUUGACCAAAGACUUCCCUCAGUUUUGGUACCAACGAGAUCAAUCCUAUUUGUAAGGAUGCUCAUCCGUGGCGUUUUUCUUGCCUUCUCUACUCACAAAAGGAGCUGCUUCUCCUAUCAAAUAGCACCAGAAACCCAGGGUGUUUCUAGAAAAGUUAAGCAUUAAGGUACUUGAUUAAGAAAACAAAAAAAUGCAUCUGAGAGCCCAAAUGUUGGCACUACAUUCUCACACAGGUAGUGAAAUGCCUUUAGAACUUUCCAUCGUGGUUCUGAGCUGCUAUCAGGGCCCUGCGUCUCUGGCGCUAAUAUUCAUAACACUCAGAGUGAUAACCCAACUUCCCUCUGAGAUAACGCAAAACUGUCAGGCAAUCUGAAUGAAGACUACUCCAAAAAAAAGGAAUUGUGUUCGUUCGACAUAUGUAGAAAUAAUUGACUUUAAUCCCAGUGUGUACAGCCUAACUAGCUAGCUGGGGACCAUUUAGAAGUUGAGUGUUUCAGAGCCACAGAGAACCUGUGCAUUAGACCUCAUUCCGUUAGGAACCUGUACUGUGUCCCAUGUAUGUCUGUUAAGAAAAUAAAACCAAAAGUCUUUGUACAAA